AUGUCAACCACAAACCCAAUCUCAAGCUCAAACACCACCCCCUCAACACCCACUCCGCCCUCCACAGCCCCAUCAACCCCCAUCUCAACAACCCUCCAGCUCCACGAAUGUCUCGUGCGCAUCGGCAUCCUCGACAAGCGCCUCUCAGACUUCGAAUUCCAAACAAUGCAGCACCUCCUGAACCUCCAAAAACAAACACACACAUACACGCCCCCUCCCUCCCAGGCCCACGUAUCAAGAACAAGCAGCGCCACAUCCUCCGAAAAAUCCCCCGGCUCAAACUCAUCCUCCAGCCCGCCAACAUUCAAAUUCACAAACACAAGCACAAACACAAACACAUCUACAUCUACAUCCACAUCAACCUCCACAUCCCCAACAACAACCGACGACCCCUCAAGCUUCUUCUUCCCCCCAAAACUCACCACAACCACAACCAUAACCCCAGCCACCAGCUCCAAGCCCUCGCCCAUCUCCGACACACCAUUCACCAACUGGCCCUAUUGCCAGCCAAUAAACACUACCCAAAACCCAAGCCAAGACCAAGCUCAACCCCCGUCCACAGGACGCACAUCACUGGCACCAGCCCCGCAAGUCCUGGACGACAACACAUUAUGGAUGGUCGACGAAACAGGCAUGUCCGCUAGCAGCCUGAACCCUUUUCUCGGCAUAGGGUCCGGCAUGGGCGCUGACAUCGGGGUUGGGCUCGGAAUGGAAAUGGAAAUGGAAAUGGAAGUCGAGCUGGAUAUGGGGAUGGGGAUCGGAAGUAAUUCGUUCUUGCGCGGGAAAGGGGUGGGUCCGUCGGCGCGUGGGGACCCGCCCCCAACGGAUUCGGCAGACUUUUCGUGGGGGGCACGCGCAUGA